GUUUUAGGAGAAGAGUAGCAAAGUCUUCUCCACGGUUGUUCAACUCCUAAAACCCUAGCAAAAUAGUGCGGUUGGAAGCAGAGCAGUAAGCAAGCCUUCGAUAAAUUUUUCUCAUUUCACUAAAUAGCCCCUUCCCGAUUUCGUUCUCCUGCUCGUAUUAAUCGGACAUGGAAGAGGAGUUGGUAUUUGCGUCUUCUUCAAUUGGCUCCGCCAUCGGCUGCUGGGCCAUCGAAUCUGGAAAAGAGCAGCAACUUCCCUACAAAUCCUGCGGAUCUACUCCUCCCCACGGCCUUUCCUUCGUCGGCAGCCGUUUCCUUGCGUCUUCCCAAUUCUCAGACCAUACAGCCUCUUUCGGUUCAAUUAUUUACUGUUCCUUGUCCAAGCGGCAAGCGGAGGUGAAGAGCUUUCUAGGAGAGCCCAUAAAGCCUAUCGCUGCUACUAGUGAUGGGACGUAUCUAGUUGGUGGAGGGAUCUCUGGAAACAUCUAUCUCUGGGAGGUUCCAACCGGUAGGCUGCUUCAGCAAUGGCAUGCUCAUUUGAGGCCUAUCACGUGCCUGGUAUUCAGUGAUGACGAUUCGCUUCUGGUUUCGGCGGCCGAGGAUGGUUGUGUUAGAGUCUGGCCUCUUUUGACGGUGGUUGGUGUUCAACAAAGAGAUCAAGCAAGUAAUCUCUACUUGCAUAGCUUUGCAGAGCACACUUUGCCUAUAACUGACUUGGUAAUGGGACACGGGGGUGGGAAUGCUGUUAUAAUCUCAGCUUCCGAGGACAGGAGUUGCAAGAUAUGGAGCUUAUCUAAGGGCGUUUUGUUAAGAAGUCUUGUGUUUCCCUCCAUAAUCAAUGCAUUAGCUCUGGACUCUUGGGAACUAGUGUUCUAUGCUGGUGGUAGAGACGGAAAUGUAUAUACUGCUGCACUAAAUGCUAGUACCUUGGACAAAAGUGAUUGGCCUCACAUUAUAGGCUCUUUUCCUAGUCAAAGCAAUGCUGUGACUUCCUUAGCAUACAGUGGCAGUAGGAACAAGUUGCUUGCUGGAUUGGAUGAUGGAUUCAUUCGAGUUUGGGAUCCCAAGACACGUAACUUUGUUUGCACAUUCAAACAAGCAAAAGGUCCCGUGAAUAAUAUCCUAGUCAUGAAGCGACCUCAAUGCGUAAAUCCUUGGAUGUCAGCAUUUACUUUACUGCUUGAUAAAGGAGGGCCGAAAUCAUUGCUACCACCUCCCAAACUGCAGAAAUACCCAAACUUGACAGAUGACCUCUCACUCACUCAUGCAGUCAUUAACCUGCCGCGGAUUUACAAUAAUCCUCUCGCAGUAUGUUCUUUCACCCUUCAAAUGAUUGACGGUCAACUUAAAGGACUUGAGCAGAAUGAUUCUAAAGUGGUGGCGAAGAUUGAAGUGGAGAAGCUGAAACAUGAUUGUGCAGAGUAUAAGCAAAUGCUUGAUAAGUGGAAGAGGAGGUAUGAUGCUCUGCAUGAAUUCUGCAUGGACGAGUUGUUGGCGGGAGAUAGACCCCCCAAAAGGUUGGUCAGGCCUUUGAGUAGUGAUCACAAAAGUAAAUCAUUUGGGGGAAACUCGGGCUAGAGUUUUUAUAGUAGUAGUUUGUUUCGCUUCAUCUCUCGUCUGAUGAUUGCAGUUUAUUUACAACAAGUUAUGCUCGUGUGUUGAGAGGAAAUGUUGUUGGCAGGAAAUAGAACCCCCUAAAAGGUUGGUCAGGCAUUUGAGUAGUGAUCUUUGAGUAGUGAUCUCAAAGGUAAUUCAUUUGGGGAAAACUCGGGCUAGAGUUUCUAUAGUAGUACGUUUCGCUUCAUCUCUGUUCUGGUCAUUGCAGUUUAUUUACAUCAAAUUAUGCGUGUGUUGAGAGGAAAUUUCUGCCUAUCGCCAAAUUAAUAUGUGAAGAUAUAUGACUUUUUACCAGUGAAAAUACGGUAUAUAUAAAAUAUGUAUGGGU